AUGGUCGGGGAACCUCAGCUUCCUUUGGAGGUCCAGCAACAGCUGCCAGUCUCUCGCAGAGGACAGAACUGUGGUGAUACAUUACAUGGACCUAAUGGAACAAUAGAUAGCCCAGGCUUUCCAUAUGGGUAUCCAAAUUAUGCCAACUGUACAUGGACAAUCAUCACUGAAGAGCGAAAUAGAAUACAACUGGCAUUUCAAUCAUUUGCCUUGGAGGAGGACUUCGAUGUACUGUCAGUUUAUGAUGGUCAAUUGCAACAGGAAAACCUAAGAACAAGGUUAACAGGUUUUCAGAUUCCUCCUCCAAUUGUGAGUUCUGGAUCUGUUCUCACAUUGUGGCUUCUCAGUGAUUAUGCAGUGAGCGCACAAGGCUUCAGAGCAAUCUAUGAAGUAUUGCCAAGUCAUACUUGUGGAAAUCCUGGCAAAUUACAGAAUGGACUGCAGCAGGGAUCCACGUUCAAUAUUGGUGACAAGAUCCGGUUCAGCUGCAACAAUGGUUACUUCCUCGAGGGACAUGCGGUGCUGACUUGCCUUGCCAGCUCAGAGAACAGUGCUUCAUGGGAUUUUCCAGUUCCCUUUUGCAGAGCUGAUGAUGGUUGUGGAGGGACCUUGCGAGGGCAAAGUGGGGUUAUCUCAAGCCCUGGUUUUCCAUCAGAAUAUGACAAUAAUGCAGACUGCACUUGGACUAUUCUGGCAGAGCUUGGUGACACCAUUGCACUGGUCUUCACGGAUUUUCAACUGGAAGAUAAAUAUGACUUCUUGGAGGUCAGCGGGACAGAAGAUUCAUCAACAUGGCAAGUUCACAAUUUUAGCAUUGUUAUUGGCACUGUUUCUUAA